AUGACAGCGUCUGGAGUCUUAAGGCCACCAGUUCUGUUUGGUUGGUUUAUUAAUGACACUAUAACAGAUGAUUUGUUCGGAAUAAUAAAGUUAAUUGAGAGCCUCGGCAUCUCGUUUUUAGUUUUGAAUUUGAAUAAAUGUAAAAAUGUAGUAAAAACUCCUGAUAACGAAGAUUUUGUACCACUUGGUGGGAGUGAUUUAGCCCUUCCUUCUGGCCACUGGGCACAGAGAGUAGUGUCAUUUAUAUCCAAAUCGGAUUUAGAUGCUCUAAAAUUUGAGCUAAGUUGGGCUUCUUACGUAGGAGUACGAUCAAUAAUAGUCGAUUUAGCUUCAGUACUAGCUUUUGAAAGUGAUGAAGAUAUUAUGGAUAGAAUAGCAAAAUUAUCGCAGGUAUUGAUAUCAUCUCUCUCUCUUCCGAAUACACCAACGAUUCACAUAGCAUUGGAUGCUUCCCAUGAAUCAUGGAAUAUAUGGAGGAUGAUUUACGAGCUGUGCAAUCAUUCACACCGACUGAAGGUUGCCCUCAUUUUGAGUGAUCUGGAUGAGGAUGAAGCAAAGCGUUGGACUGCAGAGCCUCUUGGACUUGCAAUUCUAGAUUCCAAAUCAUUUGCAAAGUCUGGUUACAAAUGCGUUAUUUCCGAGAAUGUAAGGAAUUUAUUAGCGCACAUUAUGGACUUUGGUGUGAAGGUUGUACUUCACUCAGAGUUUGACUAUAGGGAUUUGAUACGAGAGUUUGUCUAUGACGAUUUAGGCGAUAAAAUCACAAAUGUACCCCUAACUGUUCGAGAAGCUAUUAAAGCUGUGAAAAGAUUACAUGCUUCGCUAAAUCCCUUGAGUAUACGCGAAUUUCACUCUAGUGGUUAUAAUGACCUCUUGCAAACUCCAUUACAACCACUCAGGGAUCACUUAGAUAGUAGCACUUAUGAGGAAUUUGAAAGGUGUGACACUAAGUACGAUAUUUUUGAAACGGCAGUUAGGCAGUGGUUAGAGGAAAAUACUACAGUUCGUAGACCCGUGGCAUAUAUUCCUGGUGCUGGUAGAGGACCAUUAGUGCAAAGAACAUUAAAUGCUUUUCAUAACAAGGGCAUUAAAGACUAUUCUAUUUAUGCAAUUGAGAAAAAUCCGUAUGCAAUUUUAACGUUGAAACAUAGGAUUAAAGAUGGUCAAAGCGGAUGGGAUAAGGUACAGCUUAUUUUUGGUGAUAUGAGAGACAUUAUUCCAAAGGAGCCCGCUGAUUUGAUUAUUAGUGAACUACUUGGAUCAUUUGCUGAUAAUGAGCUUUCUCCAGAGUGUAUAUAUGGGAUUGAGGCCGUUUUCAACAAACACUUUCCAAAUCAUAAACAAAUUCAGUACAUACCACAGAGAUACACAUCAUUUCUCACCCCUAUUUACACACCUAAACUUUGGGAAAGGCUGUAUUUAUCGGAAGAUCGCAAGUGCUUUCAUACUCCAUACGUCGUUGCUCUACAGUCAUACUACAAUAUCGCAGCAAAUCCUGAUCCUUUGCCUUGUUUUUCAUUUGAGCAUCCAAGCAGGAAAGAAACAACAAAAUUAGAGAGAUACAAGCAGUUGAGGUUCACUGUAAAGAAAGACUGCACGCUACACGGCUUUGCAGGUUAUUUUAGUUUCAGACUCUACGGAGACCUCGAAAUGUCAAUCCUUCCGGGCCAUUCAGACGAGGUAAAGAGUUGGUUUCCCAUGUAUUUUCCAGUCGAAAAGGCUAUGUAUGUCAAAGAAUCGCAGGUAAUUACGCUACAUAUUUGGAGGAAGUGUGAUGGUACACGGGUAUGGUAUGAGUGGGCUGUAACUACUCCAUUCACAUCAGCUAUUCAUAAUGUGAAUGGCUUUUCAUAUUCAAUAGCUUGCUAG